AUGGCGGCCCCAGCAGACAAUCUUACGGCCCUGCUCGCCUUACGCGACUCCCUCAAUGCGUCGAUUGAUGCGCUUUCUGCCCUCUCGCCCGAGGAGAGAACCCAGCCGCCCAAAGUCAAUCAAGUCCGCCAGCAGAUAUGUUCCACCGCGACGCGAAUUGCCAGCGAGACGGUCAAUGCUUCGCAGGAAGCGACUCGGAUCGCCUUCAUGCCAUGGCUGAAUGCGGUCGUGCGGACCGCGUUGGAGCUGGACCUCUUCAACCUCCUUGGACAAUCUACGACUGCGUCCGAGCUGGCGCAAAAGACUGGAGCGGAGGUGACCUUGAUAGUGCGCCUCAUGCGAGUCUUGACGGGCUUUCAUAUCGUCGCGGAGCUUGGGGAGGAAACAUAUGCGGCGACGCCUGUUUCGCGAGCGCUAACCAUGCCGGCCACGGCGGACUUGAACAAGCACAUUAGCUGGGGCUGUAUCGGAAAGAUGCCUGCUUACCUUGCCGACCUGGGCUACAAGAACCCCGACCAGCCUGACAAGACCCUUUCGCACUAUGCAACAGGGACUGACUUCUUUGCGUACCUACGCAAUGAUCCCGGGCGCCUUGCUCGCUUCAACUCGGCUAUGAAAGGUGCUGCGACCUUACUUACCAGCCCUGUUCCGAGCUCCCUGGUCGAGUCUGGGGCAGGUGAAAGUGGCGUCGUAAUGGUCGAUAUCGGCGGAGGCCAUGGUCAAGUUACGCAAAAGGUCAUGGAAGAGAAUCCGCAUCUCAAAGGACGUUUCGUCGUCCAAGACCUCGGCGCUAUCAUCGACGAGGCACGGGCCAGAAAUCCCAAAUACGAAGUCAUGGAGUACGACUUUUUCACUCCACAGCCUGUUCAUGGAGCGCGAAUCUACUUCAUGCGUCGUGUACUGCACGACUUCCCGGACUCCAAGUGCCGCGAGAUCCUGACGAACCAGAUCCAUGGCAUGGUCAAGGGCCAGUCGAAAUUGCUCGUCUGCGAAACCGUCCUGCCGGCAGUAGGGUGCAGCGGCUUCGAGUCGCUCGCGGACAUCAGCCGCACGACCUUCAGCUCCAUGCAACGGAGCGAAAAACAAUGGACGGCGCUGCUGGCGAGCGUCGGCCUCAAAGUUGUCAAGAUAUGGCCUUCCAAGGGAGGCCCGUUUUCUGUCAUCGAGUCAGAGCUCCAAUGA